CCACGUCCACGUCGUCAUCCAAGUCGAACGCUCCUCCGCCUUCCCUUCUUGCUCGAGAAGGAAGCUGCCUCCAUCGGUAUGGCUCCUCGACUAGCUGCCACCGCGACAUUGGCUUCGCUCGCACUGGGCUUGGCGUCGAUCUAUCAUCUGGCUUUCGUGUCGAAUGGUAUUCAUGAAAGUGUUCUAGAAGCGACGUUAGCUCAAAGCGCUGGCGACGUCGCUAUCGGUCUUGGCGCAACAUAUCGCAGGCGAAACAUAUUGACUCGAGCGACGGAAGACUUGUCUGUAUAUGUCGACCCGUUGAUUGGGACUACUUCGCCUUCGGUUCCAGGAACUAUUUCGGGUUCAGGAAAUGUGUUCCCCGGCGCCACUCUCCCGUUCGGGGUGGUGAAAGUGGGCAUCGACACAGCUUUAUCUGGUCUGACUGAUAACGUUGACAAUGCCAACGCGGGAUACACACCUAACGGAAACAUGACGGCCGUCAGCCUGACUCACGUCUCUGGGACUGGUGGGCCUCCUAAGUACGGAGUAGUUGCUCAGAUGCCGCUCGUUGGAUCCCUGGAUGAUGUCAACAUCGCCGACAACAGGACAUACUUCCAGAACCGUUCUAGCGAGUAUGCCUCCUUGGGUUACUUCAACACUACUUUAUACUCGGGGGCGUCGGUCGAGAUGACUGCAGCUAGACACUCCGCGAUACUCAAGUAUACGUUCCCAGCCAACGAAACCAAGCAUGUUCUGGUCGACUUAGCGCACGUUAUUCCUGGUUUCGAUCAGCCGCAGGAGGCACAACGUUACAAUGGCGGUGCUUUAUGGCUUGAUCCAAAUGGAACGAGUUACUCUGGUUAUGCACGCUAUUCAAACGGUUGGAACGAGGCACCGCCUUGGACCAUCUACUUCUGCGCCAACUUCUCCAGUCCGGCAACGGAGUUUGGCACAUUUGGCUACGUCUAUGAUUACAUCCAGGCUCCGUCGACGAAGCCGGUUGUCUACCCUUACUAUGAAGUCUCGGCUUUCUAUUACUACGGCCUCGGCGCUCUUUUCUCGUGGAAUGCGUCUGACUCCUCUGAAAUCAUCGAAAGCCGCAUCGGCAUCAGCUGGAUCGGAAGGGAAGAAGCGUGUGCAUUUGUGAAGAGCGAGGUCGAGAACCAGACAUUCGAUGAUGUACUGACCGCCGCGAAAACAGAAUGGAAUGACGAAGUCCUGAGCGCGAUUACGAUUCCGGAGGAGAACACGACCAAAAACGAGACACUAUUAACAAUGUUGUACACGGCUUUAUACGGAACGGCAGUGAUGCCCACGGACAGGACCGGAGAAAAUCCAGGCUGGACUUCAGAUGAGCCGUACUACGAUGACAUCUAUACCGCUUGGGAUAUCUAUCAUUGCACGACUCCUCUAUACCAUCUCAUCUACACGAGCCGUUAUGUUGACAUGAUCCGUGCGCUCAUCGACAUAUGGAGACACGAUGGUUAUAUGCCUGAUGGUCGAUCUACCAACUACAACGGCAAGACACAGGGUGGGUCGAAUGCAGACAACAUACUAGGAGACGCGUAUGCCAAGGGCCUUGGCAGCGUUUCCUCAAUCAACUGGACAGACGGUUUCGAAGCCAUGAGAACAAACGCGGAGAAGACUCCGUUCCGAGGAUUGGAUCCCGAUGCGUUCGACGGAGGUACAAAGGAAGGCCGUAUCGCGUUACCAGACUGGCACUCUCUAGGAUAUAUUUCACCUACCUAUUCUCGGAGCGUUUCUCGCACGGUAGAAUACUCCCAGAACGACUUUGGGCUAUACACGGUGGCGAAAGGUUUAGGCCUCGUCGAUGAAACAGAGCUUUACUUGAAUCGAUCACAGAACUUCCGGAAUCUUUGGAAUCCGGAUGCUGAGGCCGACUUGACCAAGAUCGACUACGGUAUCAUCAAAGGUUUCCUUGCCCCGCGGAACACCGAUGGCGCCUGGAACAGUAGCUACAACGUAACUAAUUGUGCAGGGUGCAGCUGGAAUGACUUGACCUAUGAAGGAUUGAUCUGGGAGUACAGCUUUGCUGCGCCCCACGAUAUUGCGGGUAUCAUCGAACUAUCAGGUGGCGAAGAAGAUUUUGUUACCCGUCUCGAUGCCUCGUUCGUUCCUGGGUUCUCCGACAGCGCAGGAGGGACGGUUGGCGUAUCCAACGGGGCCGGUACUACCAUAUUCAAUCCGGGCAACGAGGUUUCGUUCUUGACACCAUACCUCUACAAUUAUGUGCCGGGAUACCAGUAUCGUACGGUUGAAGUCGUGCGCAACAUUGUCAACUCAUUCUAUGGCGUUCAAAGUGACAGCUACCCAGGGAACACCGAUGCCGGAGCGAUGCAGUCCUGGCUUCUUUGGGGUCUCCUCGGCCUUUUCCCUGUCAAUGGCCAGCCGGUGUACCUCAUCGGCUCUCCUUUCUUCGAAGCGAUCGACGUCCGCGUUACGGCUGGCAUGGUGGGAGCGAAUGCGACCUCUGAGCCAAAGACUCUGAAGAUCCGGGCCCCCGGCUUGAAUGCAACACACUAUUACGUCCAGGGCGUCCGGCUGAAUGGAGAGAAUCUGACCAGAGCAUUCUUAUGGCAUGACGAGAUCAUAUCUGGUGCUACAUUGGAAUUCGACAUCGGGUCGGAGGCGAGUAAGUGGAACUACGGACAACUUCCUCCAUCUUAUUCUUCCGGGAACUACACGAUCUAGUACGGUGGUCGCUCAACUAUAGACCCCCACUUAAUUAUGGAUGAUUUGCAAAUGACAUGUACGGUUUCUCAUGCUCACUCAGAGAAGUUUCUCACGAGCACCAUUGACAAUCGA